UGGGUCACGUGGGUUGAAUUGGCGGCAAGAUGAAAGGGAUAUCUACAAUGCGAUUGGAUACACAGGAUUGACCCUCUUAUGACCCCACCCACGUGACAUUUGUUGUUAUUUUCGACCAGAUAAUCUACACGAGGGCAGGAGAUUGGAUAUUUUUCAUUAAAUUAAAAGGAUUUAAUAGUUUCUAAUGAGUGAUAGAAAUGGCAAUGAUUGACAGUUCAAAUAUCUUGGAUUUAACUAGCCGACCACGACGUGUUCUGCACAGUCCUGGGAAGAAUUACGACGGGGAAGGCGAACGAAACUUGGAGUUGCGAGGAAUCUUCGACGUUUUGAGUGCUUACCAAGGAUAUGAAGGUGGAAUAAACUGUAGCAAGUGUGGUAAGCUGUACAAAAGUAAGGUUUGUUUUAUCAAGCACCUAUGGGAACACAGCGUGUAUUGGGAUCUAUUUCCUGGGGAUAAGAAUCAUGAGCGAGUUUUGGCGAUACAGGCAGCUCUGAUCCUGUACUCGAGGCACCUUGGAGUCACACAGGAUGAUUCUGAUAAGUUACGAGACUUGUUGGUUACUUCACCAAGUGGACAUGAUUCCACGCCAACACACACCACGCCAAAAAAGUCCAGACCAGUGAACACCCCUCUUACGCCAACCACACCCAACAGAAUGCGACCUGUACAGCACUUCACAUCGCCGCAGAAACAAAUGUCGGAGAACUUGCGGCCCGUCCCUUUCCCAGUCAGCUCCGAACUUUUGCCUCCCGUCACACCAGAAAAAGAGUUUGAGCGACCACUUGUAUGUCCACCAACACCAAGAAAGGAUAAGCGGAAAUUAGCCGCAGCAAAAUCGCAACGAAUUUCAAAAAAGAAACGAAGGCUUUUGUUGGAGUAAUGUGAAUACUUGUACAUUCAGACAUUUGUGUUCAUUUUUUUUUGUUUACUGUGUUCAGUACAUUCUGUUAUUGGAAAGGAACAUUUUGUAUGUGUUCAGAAGUUGUGAUUCUCUAGACAUUGUUUAAUGAGAGAAGUUGUUAUACCAUUGUGGAGGGUGGCUAAAAAAUAUGUUAAAAAGCAUGCUAUCAAAAGAUAAUUGAAAGUGCUUUGAACAUUGUGAAUCGUUACUGUCUAAUUUAGUGCUUGCUAAUAUUUGAGAUUGUUGUUUUAAGAAUGUUUUGUUUAAGUGAAAAGUUGAUUUUUGUUGAAGAUUUAAAAUAGAUUUGUUACAGAUGUAAUGAAAGCAGGUUUCCUCUUGUACAAAGCUGCACACCUCCAGAUGAGCCAGCAAAAUCAAUUAUCAAACAGUAUGAUAAUUGAGCCGCGUCACAACAAAACCAACAUAAUGCGUUUGCGACCAGC